GGGCAAGCUUGUUGAUUCCGCGUAAACAAGGUCACGCGCGUAGUCAAAAGCGCGUCGCGACGCGUGCUAGGCGCCCAUCAUAUAUAAGACCUUCGUCGUUUUACCUGGGGCCUUUUCCUUCUCCCCAUCUUUGCUCGUCUUUUUGCCGCUUCUACGCUUGGCCCUCUCGUCCAUUCACAUUUUUUACACUCCAAUUCGACUAUAAGCACAAUGUCUGGCAAGGGUAGUGGCAAAUCCAAGUCCGGCAAAGCUUCCGGCGAACCCACAGGCAAGACUCAAUCUCGUUCCGCGAAAGCUGGCCUUCAGUUCCCUGUCGGUCGUGUACAUCGUCUUUUGAAGAAGGGAAACUACGCACAACGUGUUGGUGCCGGUGCACCAGUAUACCUCGCAGCAGUACUUGAGUACCUUGCUGCUGAGAUUCUUGAGCUUGCGGGUAACGCAGCUCGCGAUAACAAGAAGCAACGUAUUGUACCCCGACACUUACAACUCGCCAUUCGAAAUGAUGAAGAGUUAAACAAGCUCCUCGGCGAUGUUGUUAUCUCGCAAGGUGGUGUCGUACCAUUCAUUAACCCUGAGGUACGUAGAGUCAGUUUGCUUUUUUCUAUUUACUUUCCUAACCGGAAUGCCUUCAGCUCCUACCAAGCAAAACACAAAAGGGCAAAAAGGGAGACAGUCAAGAGGUGUAGGAUGUGGCUUAUUCGGCAUUUCGGGACCUUAGCUGUUGUAUAACUUAUGUGUACUAUUUCUUUCCUGCCUCAUUCGCUAUAAUACCAGGCUCGCCCAAGGGCGAAUUGUAACAUCAUGACGUUGAACCGCUCACAUGCAAAAUCAAUUAAGAGAAUCUUGCAAUUCAGGAAGUCAUCUGCAGCAAGAGUUGACAACUUCAAGCUGCAAAGUGGUCCAGUGCUUCCCUCCUUCCCACUAAGUAACACUUUGGGUUGCGAUCGGCAGGAAAUAUUUGUCUGCCAUAGAAAACGCAUCUAUAAUGCAAACAAAGAGUCAAGGAGCCUGUAAAACCCAGAAUUUCGCAUGUCCAACUUGCAACUUGCAAGAGAACCGCUAAAUAACUCCGUAUCCGGAUCAUAUCA